AUGAAUGCUUUAGAUAAACAUCUAGCAGAUUUACGAAUAUAUGCUAAUGAAUUGGACGCAAAAUUACAAGACGACAUUAAUGCAUCUAAAGUAAAACCAUCGAUCCCUCCUAAAAAAAAUAAAGCUCCUUUGCCUCAAAUACCCCAAAGUUACACAGUGAAAUCCGCCUGCGAGCCGUCAUAUUCCUCAAGAUUAGAAAACGCCAGUCGGACCAGUUCUACAUACUCAAAUUUGGUGCCAGUAAAGAGUUAUAUUGUAAGAAAUUCGGCUCGAGUCCGAAGCGGUGAUGUGCUUUUAUACAGCAAUUUACUGCCACCAGGAGGUACAAAUCACGUUUACUCCAAUAUUCAAUCCUCUCGGAACGUUGAAGGCUUUUACGAUCGAGAUACCAGGUCUGAAUUGUCUAGAAAUAGCGACUUAGGAGCGCAAUCAACUUAUAGCGAAUUACGAAGACCGGGUUCAGUAUACCCACCAUCGUCGGCUUCUGUGAACGCUCAAGAUUUUUCUACAUAUGGAGGCUCUCAGACAUCUUCAACAUACGAAUCCCUCUACGAACCUAUUAACCCACGCCCAUGUAGUCAAUUAUCGGGAACUUCUUUAUACGGUGGAUAUGUCGGCACUGCUGUGGAGCCAAUACCAGAACCAGACGAUGCCCUUUACUGUGGUAAUUGCUACCGAUGUGGUGAGAAAAUUAUGGGAGAGACUACUGGUUGUACUGCUAUGGAAAGAAUAUAUCACAUUAAAUGCUUCUGCUGUCAUCAGUGUGGUAUCAAUUUGCAGGGGCGACCAUUCUAUGCAGUGCAAGGAAAAGCCCUUUGCGAGGUGGAUUAUUUAGAAACACUCGAGAAAUGUUGUGUCUGUAAUGAUCCAAUCCUUGAUCGAAUAUUGAGAGCCACCGGCAAACCGUAUCACCCUCGUUGCUUCACAUGUGUAAUGUGUCAGAAAAGUCUAGAUGGUAUCCCUUUUACCGUGGAUGCAGUAAAUCGUAUACAUUGUAUUGAAGAUUUUCAUAAAAGAUAUGCACCUCGUUGCGCUCAAUGUCGGGAACCAAUUAUUCCUGAGGGUGGAGCUGAAAAAACUGUCCGAAUUGUUGCAUUGGACAAGAGUUUUCACAUUGCCUGUUAUGCUUGCGAAGAUUGUGGGGCGUCACUAUGCUCUAGAGAUGAAGGCAGUAGAUGUUAUCCGUUAGACGAUCAUUUGUAUUGUAAACAAUGUAAUGCUAGACGCAUUCAAGAUUUAUCAAGAAAUAUCAAUUAA